AUGUCUCCUUCUACCCCCAUCCGAUUUGAUAACCGCGUAGCCAUCGUCACUGGCUCUGGUCGUGGCCUUGGGCGCCAGCACGCGCUACUUCUGGGUAGCCUUGGAGCCUCCGUAGUCGUCAACAGCACCACUCCGCUUACGAGUCAAGCCACCGUCGAUGACAUUGUCAAAGCUGGCGGUAAAGCUGUCGCAUGUGUUGGUAGCGUCUCGGACGAAGCUGUUGCCAAAGCAUUGGUCAAGAAGGCCAUCGACACUUUCGGUCGAGUCGAUAUCAUUAUCAACAAUGCUGGUACCUAUGAAUCGAUACCGUAUGAUCAAACUACUUCCGCUGGGCUGCGCAACAUGCUUGCCAUUCAUGUUGAAGGAUCGGACAAUUUGACGCGUGCAGCUUGGCCCUACAUGCAGAAGCAGAAGUAUGGCCGAGUUGUCAUGAUCACGUCUCAUACAAUCUUUGGUAUGGCUGGCACCUCCGCCUACGCUGCCGCCAAGCUUGCCGUUGUUGGUUUGGCCAAGACCCUUGCUGUCGAAGGAGAACCGUACAACAUCCACGUCAACGCUGUUGCUACCACAGCCUUCACGGAUACGACUGAAAAGAACUUGCCCAACGAAGAGUUCCGACAAUUCAUGAAGGCAAACUUGCCUUCUUCGGAGCCGGCACGUGCAGUAGUAUGGCUCACACAUGAUGAUUGCAAAGCAAACGGGGAGACCCUUGGUGCCCAAGGGAAAAUUAUAACUCGCAUUUUUCUGGGAGAAACCAAGGGUUACCAAGGCUCGCCUCAGGAUAAAUGGGAUGUCGAGACUGUCAGGGAUAACUGGGAUCAGGUGGUCGAUGAGAAUGAGUAUGAUGCACCCCCCAACGGUAAUGCCCUUGGCACGGUGCUCUUCCAGAGAUUCUCUGCUGGCUCAUCCUAA